GCCGAGGCCCCGCCCCAGUCCUUUUCCCGGCCGCACAGCAGCUGAGGAGCUCAGUAGAGAGCGGGCAGUGCGGCUGUGGAGAGGACGCUGCGGUACCGCCGCCACUAUGUCACCUUACUGCCGGAGAUAACCGUCCGGAGGGGCUGGCGCCUUCCUGGGGAUAUAUGGAUACCAGUGAGGAUCUUGUUUGACAACUCUUACUACUGCUACUUAAUGCUUUAACUGGGGAGGAUUGAGCAAAAAUGAUAGUAACACAAAUUGAAGCCAAGGAAGCCUGUGACUGGCUCCGAGCUGCAGGAUUCCCACAAUAUGCACAGUUGUUCGAAGAUUUGCAGUUCCCAAUUGAUAUAGAAACAGUAAGGAACGAUCAUGAAUUCCUUGACAGAGAUGCUAUGGAGUCACUGUUCAGACGGCUAAAAACCUUGAACAAGUGUGCAUCGAUGAAAGUGGAAAUAAGUCGUCAUCGCAAAAAAAGUGAUGACUCGGAAGAAGAUGAACCAUGUGCAAUCAGCAACAAAUGGUCGUAUCAGCGUCAAAGCAGACGCUGGUCACGUCUGGAAGAUUAUGAUUCCUCUGCGCAUGAUGAAGCUACAAGCCUUGCUCCACCAGUGGUCAAGAGUGAAAAUGUGGAUUCUUCGGAUCUAGGGGAAAGAAAUGAUGCAUCUUCACUACAUAGCUCCAGCAGUGGCGAAAGUGACUGCUUCCCCAAAACAUAUGAAGAACUGGAAACUAGUAGAAGCUCUUCAAGGUGCUCCUCAGUCAAACUUGUUUCACCAGAUUCUACACUUAGCGUUUCCCCUUCUCCAAGUGAAAUGCUAAAUGUAAUAGGUGAGGAAAAGAUGACUGAUAAACCACCUAGCAAGAAAGGUAGUCUUCUUAGGAAAAUGGAAAAGCUUCGUCUAAGGAACUCUUCUGUUAAGAGAAGUCCCCAGCUGAAGGAUAAACCUAUUAUCAGUGCUCCAGUUCUGCUUGAUGGUUUUGGUGAUGAGAAACUGCGCAACCUCAACUGUGUGAACAUUUCAGAUCUAGCAGAUACCCAAAGUAAAGCCACACUUUCUAGUUCUUCGCGAACCUGCAGCAGUAGUAGUCCAUCUGAAAAUAGCAGCACUGUGAGUACCCCAAGCCCUGUUAUUAGGGUCCGAAGCCAUAUAAAGAGGGGUGGAAUGUAUGCGGAAAACUUUGACCCCACCAAAUUGUCCAUUUGGAAUGAUAUUUCUGAACAGAACUUUAAAAAUGAAAGACAUUUGCAUGAAAACCAGGUGUUUCAGAUCCCACCUAACCACAAACCUGGGACAUUUCCUAAAGCACUUACCGAUGGCAUUUUAUCACCUGUAGAUAACACCUCUGUAAACUGGAGAACUGGAAGUUUUCAUGGCUGUAAUCGGAACAGAAUGAGAUCUAGUAGCUCCAAGGAUACGGAAGCACCCCCAAGCCCAUUGUCACUUGUAGAUAAUCGAUUGAGCGUUUAUGAUAAUGUGCCAAAUCACCCCUUCCAUAUUCCUAGAAUUGGAUCACCUAGUGAUGAUGAUGUCUUUUCAGAACUAGACAAUGUCAUGGAACAUGUUAAUGGACUUCGAAAAAUGGUCAGUUCGUGGUCUGAAAAGUUCUCUGAUGACGGGGACUCUGACUUUGCCAAUGACUCCACUUCACCUUGUCCAUCAUCUCCGAAAACCAUUUACCUUGGAGUGAAUGAACACUUACAUGACUCAACAUUAGAUCCUACAAAUCCUGAAUGUGGUAAACCUUACACAGAUAGCGACUCUCCAGUUCUGCCAUACAUAACGGUUUCAGAAAUUGAGUCGUCACUGUCAGACUGUAGCAGACAAAGUCCAGAGCCUGAAGAUCUCUCCUUGCAAGUUGACAGGCAGUCUGCAGCCCACCUAAACCGGAUCCAGAAACUAUCUUUGUUAAAACUCACAGCAUUGAUGGAUAAAUACUCCCCUUCCAGCAAACAGGGAUGGAAUUGGACUGUUCCAAAAUUUAUCCGUAAAAUCAGAGCUCCCGACUACAAGGAUAAGAACGUGUUUGGGGUUCCACUUCUCCUGAAUGUUCAGAGGACAAGUUAUCCUAUACCUAAGAGUGUCCUUCUAGCCAUGGAUUAUUUGCGAAUCCACUUUCUUGAUCAGGUUGGUCUUUUCCGAAAAUCCGGUGUGAAGUCUAGAAUCCAAGCCCUUAGAGAAAUGAAUGAACUGGACCCCAGCUUUGUGAAUUAUGAAGGUCAAUCUGCUUUUGAUGUGGCGGACAUGGUUAAGCAAUAUUUCCGAGAUCUACCUGAACCAAUAUUCACAAGCAAAUUAUGUGAAUCCUUCCUGCACAUCUAUCAGUAUGUGCCAAAGGAUCAGCAGUUUUACGCUGCUCAGGCUGCCAUACUUUUGCUGCCAGAUGAAAAUCGUGAGGCCCUUAAAAUGCUUCUCUACUUCCUAAGAGAUGUGGUGGCUUGUGCUAGUGAAAACCAAAUGACCCAAACAAACAUUGCCGUGUGCCUCGCACCCAGUUUGUUUCAUUUAAACUCUUUACGACGAGAGAGCUCUUCAUCAUCAACUAGGUCAAGUCAGAGAAAGUAUAGCCUUGGAAAACCAGACCAGAAAGACCUGAGUGAGAAUUUGGCAGCAACUCAAGGCCUGGCCCACAUGAUAGCUGAGUGCAGCAGACUAUUCCAGGUGCCAGACUAUUGCCGUGACCUCUGUCCUACUAUUUGUAAGCCACUGUCUAAUACUCCAGAAGUUACCAUGAACGCCUCUACAACCUCCCUGGCAGCACACUGUAAUACCCUAAUAUCCCUGGAAAAUGCCAUGCAGAAUCUUCUACGAGAUGCCAAGGACAAGUAUCGAAGUUGGGUACCGUGUGCAGGAUUUGAACAUGUUGAACUGGCUUACAAAAAGGUAGAAAAUGACGACUAUCCAAUUCGUCUAUGGAAAGCUUCUAUUGAACUUGAAGCAACACCACACAUGAUCUUACAGCAUAUACUGAGGGAGCAACACACGUGGGACCCAAAUCUCCAGCAAUCCAAGAUCAUAGAGACCUUAGAUGAAGAUACUGAAAUCUACCACUAUUCUCAAGAGAAUAUGUCUUCAUUGGCACACAAAGAAUAUGUGGUUUUAAGGACAUGGAGAACUGAUCCACAAAGCGGCACCUGCAUUUUGGCAGCGACUUCAGUUGAAUGUGAAGAUGUUCCAGUCACCGGGAUCUUGGGGCAUGUGAUUUUGUGUCAACACCUCAUAGAAAACCUUGGAAAUCAGAAGAGUAAAGUUACUCAGGCCUGUAGGAUAGAUACAAGGGGGCGAACUAGUGAAUGGUACAAUAGGGUAUUUGGUCAUAUGUGUGCUGCUGAAAUACAAAGAAUAAAAGACUCCUUCAACAAGAAGAGGACAAUGAAGUGAGCAGCCAUUGUGCUUACAGUGGUGUUGGACCAUGCACUUUCUGGAGGAGAAGACGUGGACGAAUGCCAAGUUCUCAGUAAAUGACGAUGAUGGGCAGAGCAGCCUUCACUUUUUUUUUUUAUUUAUUUUUUUUAAAUAUACAAAUCAUUUUUACAUAUAGUUAUUCUUUUGGCAGAUUUUAACAUGUAGUCAAUGGUACUUGAAUCAAUUGAAUCAUUUAUUUAUGUAAGAAGAAAUUUUUUUUAUGAAGAGAUCUAGUGUGAGCAUUGUAAAUAUCACUAUACAAAUAACAUUUAUUUAUAUUUUAAUUCUAAAAAUUGACUGCUCCUCAGCCCCAUUUUAAGUGUAAUGUAUAGGAUGAGAGAGCACACACUGUAUUGCACAGAUUUGUAUAUAGGGUUUUUUUUAAUUUAGGAACUUGGGAUGCCUGGCUGCUUGGUAAUAGGAAAUCCUAUAGUGACACUGGGAAUCCACCCCUGUUUAUACAAUAUAAAGACUGUCUGAAGAGUGUUCACACGCUGCAGAUAAGUUGCAGAAAAUGUGUAGUGUUCUGCACCAAAACCAACUUAAAAUCAGUUGGAAAUCUACACUAGAUCUGCAGCAUGUGAACAUACACUAAGACGACUGUUAGUACAUCCCAGUUAUUAGAGGGUUAUGGAAGUGAAGGUGGGGUAUCUCCUACUCAAGUGUUCUUGACCUUAUGGCUGAAAGGAAAAUUUCUACAAAAAACUUCACGUCACAUCACGUUUUUAACCAUAUAGGAACGCAAACAGCAGGGGAGAGCUAAAAACUUGUGCUCCCGUAUCCUGCUGUAUGCGGUCCCGUAUGUAAAUCAUUUCAAUGAGCAGACCAGAGUGAACCGGUCGGCUCAUUUUUCCCCGUAUGCAGUUUUCUACCGUACCUAAAACCAUAGUUAACCACAUAAAUUACAUACGGGACAGCAUAGAGCAGGAUACGGGAGCGAAAGUUUUUAGCUCUUCCCUGCUGUUCCCCCGUAUGGGCAAAAACGUGAUGUGAACCCAGCCUAACAGAGCUUUAGCUUCAGUCCAGGGAAAUACUCUAAGUUGCUUCCAACCAACUUCAGUGGUUUAUAGGGGUAAGUGCACUGGGUAACUGCCCUAGCCUUUUACAUGAUAAUUAGAGAACUGUUAAUAUAUGACUAAAUUAACUGUGUGUGUGUAUAUAUAUAUUUUGCAGCAACACAGUUUGUAUACUUUUCUCUUAUCAGGGUAAAAGGAGGUAAAAUUACAUUUUGAUUACUUUCAAAAUCUUUUUUUUUUUUUCUAACUGUAUUAUUACAGAGGGCGUCCCCUUAGAAUCAAUAUAUGCUGCUAUGUAGGCAUUUUUCUGUGCUCAAUUUCACACAGCCAUCUACGGUAUCUUGGAUAUUUUAUCGUUUUUAGUAUUUUAACACUGCCAGUGCACUCCAGAUGUCACUCCCAAUAAAUUUUCUUACUGUACCAAUUUUGUUAAUAAUUUAGUUAUUUAAAAAAAACUAUUAUUUUUAUUUUUUAAAGGCCUAAGUGUAGAGAACGGAAUGUAUGUGACUGAAGAAAAUGAAUACCAGUACUAGUGCAAAGGGCCAGUGGAUUGUGGGCUUUCAUAAUGAAUGUAUUCAUGUUGGUGACUAAGGAAAGUUGCAGAAAGUACAUUUAGGAGUUAUCAAGGAUGAGAGAGAGACUUUUUUUUUUUUUUUUUUUUUUAAAUAUCUACCCAAUAGCUCAUGCAUUUUUGGGUAAAUGUGGGUGUGAACUAUCAUACUGGCCACAGCCCAUGGGGUGCUGUUUUUGGGGAACAAUCCCUUAGUUAGAGUUGAAGCUCAGGCUAUAUUUACACCCUAAAAAAUUCAUCUGUCCAGAAGGUUGACUGACUUCAUCCCCCCCAACAUUCAAUGGCCACUGUAAGAUGACUAGUUUAUUAUGUAUGCUUCAGUCUUUGUUGCAUUCCUCUGCAUUAAAGGAAAAUUGCCUCCCGUUCACCCGCACUAUAACCCGAUACACAGGGUUAUAGUGCU